AGGCUGAUGUGUGCAGCUACCACUUUGGAUUCUGUACCGCUACUUCCCUCGGCACAAGGCACCAGCAGGCUGAGCAUUAAAGCCUGUUCUUUGGGACGGAGCAUUUACCCCUGCAAGACAUGAAGGGCUUCCUGUUUCUCACACUCCUCCUGAUGCCCGUGCACGCUGGAACUGCUUGGAGUGCGAAAUACGCAGUAGAUUGUCCCGAGCCCUGUGACAGUAACGCAUGCAAAAGUACCUUGCGCUGUAAGCGAACAGUGCUGGAUGACUGUGGCUGUUGCAGAGUGUGUGCAGCUGCUCUGGGGGAGACUUGCUAUCGUACGGUCUCGGGUAUGGAUGGUGUCAAGUGUGGUCCUGGGCUGAAGUGCCAGUUUUACACUGAGGAGGAUGACUUUGGUGAUGAAUUUGGUAUCUGCAAAGAGUGUCCCUAUGGUACCUAUGGAAUGGAAUGCAGGAAAACCUGCAACUGUCCCUCUGGCAUCUGUGAUAGAGUAACUGGGAAGUGUUUGAAGUUUCCAUUUUUUCAACUGUCUGCUUCAAAGCCUCCAAAUCGACGAAAAAUAGUUUCACACACAGAGAACGACAUGGCAUCAGGGGAUGGCAAUUCUGUAAAAGAGGAAUUCGUUAAGGAGAAAGCUAUUCACUCUCCGGUAAUGAAAUGGCUAAAUCCUCGCUGAUAUUUACUUAUAAGACUUUCAAGUGAAUGCAUUUCUCGCAGAUUAUUGAAUAUGCAACAACACACUUUAAGAACAAAGUAGAUCUAUAGCAUAUGAAAAUGUAACCUCUGAAGACCAAUUGUGAUUCUGUUUUUCAUGAGAAAAAUGUUUACUAAAAAUAGACUGUACAGUGUAUAUGAUUUUUUAUAUUUGUUUUGAUAAGUAUUUGAACAGAGAAAUGUAUUGUGGAUACCUGAAUGUAUAGUAAUAUUAAAAAUCCAACAUGAUUCAACCCUCCUCAUUUAAAUAAUGCCAGAGGCCAACUCUUGCAGCCUGAGGCCAGGAAAGCUCUCACUGAAUUCAGUGGACAGUUUGGGUGAGUGAAACUAUUGGUGUGGAGCCAAUGCGAAAGAAAUGUACAUCAACAAUCCCAGGAUAGAAAGCAACACCCCUGAAUCACAAGAAUAAUAAUAACAUAGGAGCACACAGUGUGAAUUAAAUAAACCAACCUUAGAUGUUAGUCAUUUUCUGGUUUUUGGAAGUUUGGUGACAAAUCCUUGGAGCUAAAUAUGCCUUUCUUCAGUGAGAAAACACCCAGCAUUUCAGUUUAUAGAUUGGGGAUAUCUUAGCUGAGACACUGCAGACAUAUCUUGUAUUGAGGUGAAUUUCUAAAUUUAAAUUCUGUACAGAGAAACAGCAGCUUGGUAAAUUAUACAGAUUUGUAGAGGGGGAUCUGAAAUGAAAGAAGCUGCUUAGCAUUAUUUAAAUAUAUAUGUUUCGAUAAAGCAGCUACUUUGAUGCCAUUAAGGUGACGUCUGCAUUUCUUGGGGAAGAGUGUGUCCAAUGCCAGAGGCCAGCAAAUGGACCUUUGUACUUUCCAUCUUCAUCGCUGGCUGCGGCCCAGCUGCGACUCACAGGGAGUUCAUCUGGUCCAGUGUAGGGAGGACUUGGACCCUCAGGGAGUCAUAGUGCAGCCACAGCCUACAGUACUUUGGUACCCAGUCCUUCUUUUCUUACUUGCGUGAGCAAGCAGUCCCAUCUCAGCCAUAAAAAUCCACACUGAGAUGGGUUUGCUAAUAUCUCUGGAAACAAUCGGAUCCUGAGAUAAUGGAAAUUGAUGUAGCUGUGUCAGAGUGAACCAGGAUUUCACGAGUUUAGCAACUGCCUCAUAAUGCAGAGUGCUCUCAUUAGAAAUGUGGUUUGAAUUGAGUAUUUCCUUUGAAAUCAAUGUGAGCUUUGACAGUGACUUCAGUGAAAGAAGGAGCACACAGUACCACAGCCAAAGUUUGGUGCAGGGUCUGAAAACAUACUUUUAAAACUAUGAACAAGAAAAACUUCAAAGCCUUUGAAGAGUCCAAAUUGUGAUCCACAGUCAAUGUCAGUGGAAAGCAGGCUGCUUUCACCUGGCAAAGCAGCGCUGAACUGUGCUGCUCUAGAACAAGAGGACAAUGACAGCAGUAGUCAUCCAAACAUCAGUACAGCAGUGCAGGCUCUCCUGCUACGGUAAUUGGAGACACAUAAACAUAAAUCUCAAACUAGCAUAUAUCGCAUUUGAACCUGCAUUGAGUGUUAGGUCUGAGAGGGAGAAAUAUUAUCUUGGGCUAUUUACAAGCAAGUGUAUUGAUUCUCAUCUACUGAUAUCAAAAGUAAUUUUUUCUUGAUUUCAGUGAAAGCAGGAUCAAACCCAUGGUCCUUCAGCAGACUGAAGAGAAUUAUUUAAAGACUGUAGUAAAUAUUUGCAUACAUUAUUACUAUUUUGCAACAGUGUCAUAAAUGACAUUGAGAGUUCUUGAAUGUAAAUCUAAUAAGAUGGUUGGUUUUAAAAAGUAUAUGAUUAUUAUUGUUCAAUAAAAAAACAAGUGAAA